CACUCUCCUUCUCUCUUCCCAGAACUCUCAACUCCAAGCUUCGAUGGAGAAACUGGUCCAAGUCUCAGAGCAAGAGGUCCGAAUAGACUUCACCCCCAACCAGAAAUGCCGCGCCAACGUCACCCUCACCUCCCUGAGCUCCACGUGUCCUGUCGCCUUCAAGGUCCAGACCUCCUCCCCUCACAAGUUCCUGGUCAAGCCCCCCACCGGGGUCCUCCCUCCCUUAUCCUCCGCCACCUUCCAGGUCAUCCUCAAGCCCCAGCCCCACCUCCCUCCCUCCUUCCCCCGCUCCCCCUCCGACCGCUUCCUCAUCAAGACCGCCGAGUACUUCCCCCUCCGCCGCCCCUCCGCCGACGACUCCGAGUCCAUCAAUUCCUUCUUUAGAGGGGCCCGUAAUAUCCGCGACAUCAAGCUGAAGGUCGCGUUUGUGGGCCCUGUUCUUCUCCGCCACGCCGUGUGUGGCGGGGAUGUGGAGGCCGUGAGGAAUAUUAUCCGGAGGCAGAGGACGAUUCUGGCGGAGUUGGGGCCGGGUGAGGCGGAGGCGCUGCUACGAGUGGCGACGGAGUUGGUGGAGCCGGAGAAAAUGAUUAAUCUGCUGCUCGAGGCCGGUCUGAGGUGCGAUCUGGUGGAUGAUGAUGUGGAGGGGUUCGUGAUGAGGAAUGGGGUGGAGGAGCGACGCGUGGCGGAGGCUUCUGAUCGUUUUGCGAGUGUUUUGGGUUUGAGGGAAUCUGGGGCGUCGAAAGGUGAAGGGCAUAGGAUGACUGAAGGUCAUGGCCGUCGGCGUGUUGCUACUGACAGUGAGAAGCUAGAAUUGGGAGAACAACUGUUGACGGCAGCGCGAAUUGGGGAUUUGAGAGAUGUUGGACUGUUAUUUCUUGAGGGAGCAGACAUUAGCUACUGUGAUCAAUAUGGCUUGACAGCUCUUCAUGCUGCGGCCAUUAAAGGGCACAAGGAGGUUGUUCUGAUGUUGGUCGAAUUUGGGCUAGACUUGGAAGCCAGAGACGGAGAAGGCCACGCGCCGCUGCAUUUGGCGGUUGUGGGGGGAAACUUGGAGACGGUUGAGAUGUUGAUACUGAAUGGGGCUAAUGUCAAUGCCAAGAGCAAGAGUGGGGCUACUCCUUUGUACAUUGCCACAGCUAUGGGGUAUGAUGAUAUCAUUGAGUUUCUUAUAAGCAGAGGAGGCUGAGAGGUUGCGAAAAAAGCAAGAAAGUCAUUAGGUAGCUGAGUUAUGGUUCAAGACAAGAAUUAGGAUUGGUGUUGUGGGAAACGAUGAAGAAAGAAACUUGAAUGAAGCCACCCCCGCAUACUUGUAGGAAGCUUCUGUUUUAGGCUUUAUACUUCAUGCUCUUUCCAGAUCAGUAAAUUUCGGGAAAUGUUAUAUAUACAAUUUCCCAAUGUUUAGGGUAUCAGUUGGGGAUGUAGCUCAAAUGGUAGAGCGCCCGCUUUGCAUGCGGGAGGUACAGGGUUCGAUCCCCUGCAUCUCCACUU